UGCUUCAUUCCUCAAUGGAAGAGCGAGUGUAACGGGAAAAACAAAACACAGCAGGGCUAAGUCCAGUGACGUGGCCGCUCGAUAGAGAAGAGAAACAGGGGCAAUAGGAGACUGGUAUGUGCUCAGAUGUCUGACAACGAAAGCUCCACAAGUGACCAAACAGAGAAAUCAAUGGACCAAGAGCCCAAAGAGCCUUCAACACCCACCGGAGAUGAGCCCUCAGCUGAAACUCAGAGUGACAGCUCUACUGAUGUAGCACCAACCCGAAAGACCAGGAGAAGACCAGAACAUAAACCUCCACCAGAAGAACAGAAGAGCCCAGAGACACAAAAACCAGCAGAAAGAGCUUUAGACCCCUCCCCAGAGACGACUGUUUCCCAGGGAGGUUGGGGUUACUGGGGUAGCUGGGGUAAAUCUAUCCUCUCCACUGCUACUGCCACUGUAGCUACUGUGGGCCAAGGGUUGACACAGGUCAUUGAGAAAGCUGAGACAUCUCUAGGAAUCCCAAGUCCUGAGGAGCUUUCAGCUCAAGCGGAAAAAGAAAAAACUGAUGAUUCAGCCAGUAGUAAGGAAAAUAAAGAUGAAGAGGAGAAGAUGAAUGGGAUGGGUGGUGCUAUGGGAAUGAUCUCCUCCAGUAGUAUGGGAAUGCUGUCAUCUUUAACCACUGUAGUUCAGAGUACGGGUAAGACAGUAAUAAGUGGUGGUCUGGAUGCAUUGGAGUUUAUUGGGAAGAAGACCAUGGAUGUGAUAGCAGAGGGAGACCCUGGCUUUAAGAAAACAAAGGGACUGAUGAACAGAAACUCCACACUGUCACAGGUCUUGAGGGAAGCAAAAGAACGUGAGGAGCAGCAGAAAGCUGAAAACGUCACUUCAGAAACAGACAAGAAGGCUCAUUAUGGGCUGUUGUUUGAUGAAUUUCAAGGCCUGUCCCAUCUGGAGGCUUUGGAGAUCCUCUCUAGAGAGAGUGAAGCCAAGGUGAAAUCAGUGCUGACCACUCUAUCUGGUGAGGAGUUAGCUAAACUAAAACAAGAACUACAGGACAUUAAAGAGCCUUUUUCCCUUAUGGAGUUUGACGACGAGGUGGAUGAUGAUGCGAAGGGGGUUGAUGGCGAGGAUUUUGUGAAGGAACUGACGGAUGUCCUUGAAAGACUACAGAUUUCCACAUCAGCAGACAAACUUUGCAAGGCAAGAAAAAAUGCAUUCAACCAUAUCACAAACAUGAAGCAACAAAGUGAAAACCCACAGCAAGAAGAAGAGGAGAAAGAACAGAAAACGGCAGUGUCGAAAUGCAGUGUUGAGGAGGCCCAUUUGUCUGCCAUUACAAGCCUGGCCGAGUUCACAGCCAGAUCCAUAGAGCAGUUCCACAAAACAGCUGAAAUGCUGCUCCACUGUAACCCUGAGGGGGUGACGACCACAGAACAAGCCAAAGUCCUAUCACAAGUUACUAUUGUUAUUUGCAAGGAGGUAUCACUACUAUCCAAAAAGUUCACGUCGUGUUUGACUACCAUUGGGGCAAAUGAAAAGGGAGAAGUUCUCAAUCCACUUAUUACCAGUAUUUUUCUGGAGGCAUCAAACAGUGCAUCAUAUAUCCAGGACGCGUUCCAGCUCCUCAUGCCAGUGCUGGAAGUGUCUCAUAUUCAGAGGACGGUGGAGUCGGCACAGUGAUAACCACUCAGAAACACUUUACUGCGCCAACUAAGAUUUUAAUAACAAAAAAACAAAAACAACAUGCAACAUCAUAUGAUGGAAGUAAAAUAAUUUGUGAUUUACAUUCAAGUAGAUACGGGAAGCACAUGACAUACUGUAUGGUGUGCACAGCUUUUUGCACAUUCAUUGAUUGUUGGCUUUUUUCCUAUCUUAUUAUAUUUUUGAAUAGACUCGGUGUCAGAACUCUUCCUAUAACUGACAGUGUCUGAAUGAAUACAGUAAUUUAAAUAAAUAUAUUUUAUGUCAACAUUUAUAAUGAAAGGUGUUAAAAAGAUUAUUUCUAUUCAUUUAAGACUUACAUUGAUUUCAAAUAAUUAUGUAAGUCAUAUCAGUAUUCAUGUUCAAUUAUCUUUUAAAUAA